UGUUCACAUCUGAGCACAGAUACUGUAGUGACUUCUUUUUAGAGUUCUCUGAGUUAUUAAAUUUAACAUCAGUCAGAGCAAAAUGGAUAUGAUGGAUAUUUAUGCUAAUUCAGGACUUACUGCAGACAACAGAAGAAAUUCAGAUAUCAGUAGAUACUCAGGCGAAGACAUUUAUGCCAAUCAGGACAACAGAGAAACACCUACGACCAGGAGCUCUGCAGAGUAUAUAUCCAUGACAAAUGCUGAGAAAGUGGGCAAAAGACCUCUGUCUCAUCUUCAGUACGGAGAACUGAGCACCGCAGGCAGAAGAUGCUUCAUACAGACUGCUGUGUGUCUGGGGCUGCUGUGUGUUCUGCUGACUGUCAUCACAGUGCUGUGGAUCAAGGUUACUGCACAGAGAGAUCAGCUAGAGACCAGUUACACCAACCUGACUAUAGAGAGAGACCAGUUAAUGACCAAAAAUACCAACCUAUCUGCAGAGAGAGACCAGUUACAGACCAGUUACACCAGCCUGGCUAUAGAGAGAGACCAGUUAAUGACCAAAAACACCAACCUAUCUGCAGAGAGAGACCAGUUACAGACCAGUUACACCAGCCUGGCUAUAGAGAGAGACCAGUUAAUGACCAAAAACACCAACCUAUCUGCAGAGAGAGACCAGUUACAGACCAGUUACACCAGCCUGGCUAUAGAGAGAGACCAGUUAAUGACCAAAAACACCAACCUGAUUUUUGAGAAAAAUCAGCUGGAGUCAAGGUACAAUGCAACAAUUAAAAUGGAUCAGCUUCAGAAGAUGUUCUCUUCAGUGGCGAAGGCCGUGCAGGAGGGUUGGAAGUUUUUCAGCACCAGUGUUUAUUUCAUCUCUACUGGAGAGAAGAGCUGGAGUGAGAGCAGACAGGACUGCAGAAGAAGAGGAGCAGACCUGGUGAUCAUAAACAGCAGAGAAGAGCAGGAGUUCAUCCUUAACAAUAUGGGCAGCAGUCGAGCUUGGAUUGGUCUGACCGACAGAGAAAAGGAGGGAGUCUGGAAAUGGGUGGACGGGUCACCACUGACCACUGGGUUCUGGUAUCAGGGAGAACCAAAUGAUGAUCAGAAUAAUGAGGACUGUGCUGAGAUUUGGGAUUUCCCAAAUAAGAGGGCCUGGAAUGACAGACCAUGCUUUUACGAAGAAGGGUGGAUCUGUGAGAAAAGCGUCGUCUGAUAUUUACUUAUAAAAUGAUACCAACCCUGAUUCUGGAGGUCGAGCUUCCUGUGGACUGUAGUUUAAUCACAAUCUGCCACACCUACCCUACUAAUGAACUUCUUCAGAAGUCCUCAAUUGUGGCUCUUUCUUAAAAAUUCACUUGAAGGGUAAAAACUUUAGAACUUUAAAAUGAAUUUCUUUGACUUUUGGUAGAAAUGUAAACUAAUGUAGUUUACUGAUUUUAUAUUUACUGAAUAAUUAUGAAAUAGAAUUAUUCCUAUUGCAUGACACAGGAUUUAAGAAACCAUUAAGCAUAAACCUAUAAAUAUAUAUAUACAUAUAGAAGGGAUGGUGAGUGUAAAGUGGAGGAUACAGCUACAUUGAUCAAAGUUUUUAUGGUUAUUAAACUGCUUUUUAAUAAAAUAAAAGUUUCCAUAUAACAACACCUGCUGAUGAAAGUAAGAUGGUUUUAUAGACAGUUUGGGGGGACGGAGUCAAUAUGAAGUAAAAUCACUCGACAUUUUUAAUGUUCCUCGUUCCACAGAACUAACUGCUUCAAUAUAGAUCUCACCCCAUAUUUAAUCCUUGAUUAAAUCAGCUUUUUUAAUAUACGGAUUUUAGGUUGACAGGUUUAAUGGAAGCUGCAGUGAAAGGCAGAGAGUAAACAGGAUAAAUGCAUCUUGCCAGGUUUCCCACUUCUGUUUAAUAAAUCCGCCCAAAUGUUGAUCUCUUAGUAACCAAACAUCAAGUCUAGAUCUACAUUCAUCCAAAUUAUUCCAAAUAUUAAUCUACUUAAUUGAUUUUUAAUUGAUUUUGAUCUGAUUUUAUUAAC